ACUAUUUGAUACCAGCCCUUUCGACCUCACCCUCGCUCUGCCCACUACGCUGCGACUAUUCUCCAUUCGAAAGUGCAGAACAGAACAGCUUGCUAGCUGACCAGGUCAACAUGUUACAGUGCCUCCACUACCUGGCUUGAUCUCCCCUACCUUUGACUCUCCAUUCUCCCCUAACCUGAAUCCUUUUUCUCAUGAUACUGCCCUUCUCGGUCUGCACUUUAAAGCCACCAACAUCUGUUCCACUUAUCACUUCUAUCCUUCCCGUUCCCGUUCUUCUUCCCAUUGACCCAUCAUGCCCAUAACAGUCCGCCCACUCCCCUCCCUCCUCCCCAACGACCCUAAAUCACACCAUAUAGGCAACCCUCCCACGGGCUUCCGAAACCCCUGGCCCUCAUUCACCGAGACCCACCACGGCCUACUCAGCGUGCUCAAAGUCCGCUUCGCCAAAGACAGACCGGCAUUCGUUCCCGUGCCAUCAGACCGAUCCGAACUGGCACCGGUCCACAAGAUCGAUUUUGCAGCGUUGCAAUCUGCUUCUGAUCCGGUUUUUAUGAAAGUGACUUGGAUUGGACAUGCGAGUUUUCUUAUACAGACGACAUGUCCAUCGCCAGCACCAACAAUACCAACGACAUCACCAAGGACACCAACACUACCACCACCACCAACACCAACGACGACAACAGUAUCACCGGCACCGUCACCGGCACCGUCCAACUCUAACCGCCUUCCACCUUCCGGACAAUCACGAACCAGAGGCAUCAACAUCCUCUGCGACCCAGUAUUUUCAGACCGCACGUCCCCUAUAUCCUGGUUAGGACCAAAGCGAUACACGCCUCCACCAUGCUCAUUGUCCGAACUCCUCGAUCACAUAGAAAUCGACGUCGUCCUAAUCAGUCACAACCACUACGACCAUGCGGAUGCGGCAACCCUAAAGACGAUCUGGGCGCGCCGGAAACAAAAUGUUCGGUUCAUCGCGGGUUUGCAUAAUGCGCGAUGGCUGGUUUCGGCUUGCGGGAUUGAUAGAGAGUGUAUUAUCGAGUUGGAUUGGUGGGAUAGAGUGGAGAUUGAAGUUGACUUUGAUAUUGAUAUUAAUCAACCACCGGCAGCAUCGGCAUCGGCAGAACCGGGUCAACGUCAAGAAGCCACUGCAGCGGUGGGAGGAGUACAGAGUGAGACCUCCCCAAGCAAUCCAGGCAAGGGCAACGAAACAGCAACAACGUCUCCUGAGGCGAUACCACGGACCCAACCAAAAACAGACAACAAUACCACUCCAUCAUCAAUGGAAGCAAGAAACUCGAACUUGGAUUCCGCAAGAGCAAGAGCAAGAGUGCAAAUCACAUGCACGCCAACCCAGCACUUUUCCUCCCGCAGCGUGUUUGACCGGAACCACGACCUAUGGUGUUCAUAUGCUAUUGAGGACUGUUCCACUUCAUUACCAUCUGGGCAACACCGUGGUCCUAAGAUCUAUUUUGCCGGCGACACGGCCUACCGCACCGUCGGAGUCACGACAACAAUAUCCAGCGAAGCCAAAGACGAAGUCAAGGACAGAGAUAGAGAUCAGACUCCAGCCUGUCCAGCAUUUAAACAAAUCGGCAACCUCCUAGGUCCCUUCGACCUGGCCCUCCUGCCAAUCGGACUAUGCCAGCCUCGGGAGUUCAUGUCCAAUGUCCACGCGGACGCGUGGGAUUCCGUGCAAAUCCACAAAGAUGUUCGCGCCCGCAAAUCUAUCGGCAUGCAUUGGGGAACCGUGCGUGGCGGGUUGUCGGCGCAGUAUGAGGAUGUGCGGGAUCCGCCGAGGCAUUGGAGACGGGCGGCGGAAGAGGCUGGGUUGACCUGGGGGCGAGAUGUGGCGUUGAUGGAUGUUGGGGAGACGGUGUUGGUGCGUGGUGAAAGGAAGGAAGGCGAUGGAUGAAUAAGUGGAUGGAUGGAUGAAUGGAUGAAUGAAUUCAGCAUGAUUGCGGUUGAAGUUGGAUUUUGGAACAUGUAUAUGAUAGUGGGCAUCAACGAGAGUUUGCUGCUUCGCAUUCUAGAUGUCUUGAGGUGAGAUGUCUUGUUCCUAGGUAGGUAUACUACCAUGCCUUCCAAUACUGGCGCAUACGAUCGAUAUCAAAACACCAGAUCGGCAGCCCUCCGCCAGAUCACCUCCUGCCUUUCGAGCAUUUCGGCGGUGAAGAAGAAUCGAAAGUCUGCGUCGUCCCGGACAAAUUGGAGGGGCAGUGGGAAUGAUGCCGCGCAGUGGUCUUGGGUUGUGUCUACUUCUUCAUGGUGGUUCUCUUUGUAACUGGGACCGCUUCGACUUCCACCUCCGACACCAACACAGCCACCUCUGGCACGGUCAUGUUGGCCACAGUCACCGCCGACGCGAAUCUGAUUCAGUCCAUUCACGCCUGCAGCGUCGGGGUGGAACGUCCUGCGAAGAGAGAGGUCUGUGAAAUGAUUAAUCAACGACGAAGACGCGAGAUUGCCUCUGCUUCUGUGAUCAUCGUUGGUCUUGUCGGUGCUGGUGUCGGAGAUCGAUCGCUCACUUUGCCUCAUUCUCUCUUCUGGACAUCUCCUCUCUCGCUGCGCGCUCGGCAAAGCCGCCUGUUCUCCCGCAAGCCUGGCAGUGGCUAGUAUCGACUCGAUUGACCAGAACGUGUGACCUUUGGUGGCGCCAAGGUACUGCAUGGGAGGCGGUAAUACUUGGUCUAUGAUAUCUCCGUUACGAUUUCUGCUUCCAUUUCCAGUUCCCCGGGUAUGAGCACCGAUUGGCGGUCCACCCACUACCACAGACCUCACCUGGCCUCCAGUCUGCGUCUUCAAUAGUUCGGCGAAAACGGCGCAUGUGGAUGCGCAAUAACCCUCUGUCAAGAGGACAACGUUCGACGGGUCGAAGAUCGGCCGGGCGGAUUUGUUAGUCGGAGUCAUAUGGAAGCCUGGAGGGCCAAGGAUGUCCGGGUUGGGUCGAAAAACGUUGGUGAGAGGCCUGCCAUCAUUGGAGGAAUUGAGUUGGUGGUCGUCAACAAUAGUGAGACGGCUGUUGUCGGUUUCUUCUUCAAGUCUUUGGAAGCUACUCUCGUGGACUUCCUUUUCAUCUUGGCGCCGCGCAACAUUGCCAUGACGAUAAAGUUGCUUCUGUUCUCUUUCCGCAGACUCUUCCCCGCUAUACAUGUGAGCCCAGUCCUGCCAUGGCGAUCCGUCCGGCGUAAGAUACGAAUGGACGUCGAACGGAUUCCCCACGGCAGAGCCGGAGUCGCUCACGUUUAACUGGGACAUUCUUGUUCCAAGGUCAUCCAGAACAGACGAAGCGCGCAUGUUCGCCAGAGCAAUGGGUUCCAGAUCCGGAAAUAGUUGAACAAACAAAUCCAGCCCUAGUUCGACGAUUCCGCCUCCAUUGGCGAAGACAUCGAUAAUCAACUUGGUCUUUUUCUCGAUUCUGCACUGCUCGAGAAACUUCGAGACCGUGGCCUGGAAGCCGGUUGCCUCCUCGUCCGGGAUAUCGAAGCUGGGAACCGACAAGACUGCUGUGUCAUUCUUCUCGGCGUCGAGAAAAUAUCCUGCCACCCGUCUUCCGAAGUCACUGACGACAGGUUCGGGGUAGAAUGGCAGAAGUGGUAACUGCUCAUGCUUCGACGGAGGCGGAGGCUGGGCAGGAGGCGUUGUUCCUUGGGGCUCCUUGUAAACGCAGAACUUUGUAUAAGCAGACGAUCCAUCCGUCACAUUGUCGAAACUAAUGGCUAUCUCGGCAAGAGUCGGGACAUGAAGAACCGAUCCAUUAGCGAAUUCAAUGCUUGUUUGUGGACCUGGAUAGAAUACCGGAUUCACAAACCCUCCAUCUCCUGCAGCAGCGCCGAACUGAGCUACCUGUGCAGCCUCCCAGAACAGGAAGUUGUAUCCGGCAUCGGGGUCAUGGAAAGGGAACUCCCCGGCCUGGGACAUCAGAUAUUUUAGUGUUGGAACGCCGUUAAUGCUGACCACAUGUGACGGGGGCUGACUGUGGGCCUCAUGUUGAAUUGCUAGAUCGAUACUGCCUUGAACCGUGAUUGAUUCAGGUUCAACUACAGGCGGUUGGCCAGACACAUCGCUUCGCAAAUAGACUCGUGGUAAUUGUAGGCCGUCAGACGAGACGGACACGAGCGCCGCAUCGGGAAUUUUGAAUGCGCCUACGCUCAAGAGGUCCGGGAUGAAUGAAAAGUGACCGUCCCGAGCGGACAGAAAGAGGCGGUACAAGUCGGUUUGAAAUGCAUAUUCGCCGGUGUAUUCUCCCCCAGCAACUUUGUCGAUUAGAUCUUGGAGAGACCUGAGGAUGUCUAUUGCCGCGUGUGGAUAGUCGGCUGGAGGGUCCGCUAGGUAGUGCAACGUCGACUGGAGUUCGACAUAAGGUUGCAGCGAAUGCAGAAGGUCGAGGGCGGCUUGGGUGUCGAUCGGGAUGGACUGCAAGCAUUCAUGGAAGAGUUGGCCGUCAACAAGGGCCGCUGUGACUGGAGGGCUCGGUCAGAUUGGUUCUAGAAUAGGGGUGAUUCAGCCAAUAUUAAGGAUUGAC